AUGCUAUUCUGCAGCUAUUUGGUGACAGUCAUGGGUUUGGUAAUUCCAUGGAGCGUAACAUUGUUAGUAGUAGAUGCUUACUCCGUCUUCAUAAAAGACCUACAAAUUCAGCAAAGGAUUGUAAUGAUAAUCUUUCUGGGAGACAUGGUUUUAGCGUAUCUCUCGCUGGCUGCAGCAUGCUCUACAGCGAGUGUCGCGGAUCUUCUGCUUGAAGCUGGUGGAUCCCUUUGCCCUGCAAGACUAUGUGGUAGAUAUCAAAUGUCUGCUGCUAUGGCCUUUUUGUCUUGGUUUCUUUCAUCAGCUUCCUGUCUUUUCAAUUUUUGGCUCUUCUCUUCUCUGUAAAAUACAUAGCUCACUGUUGAUAUAUGUGUAAAUGAAUGCAAAGGGUGUGAAUGUGAAUGACAAAGUCAUUUGCUUUUUAAGUACAUAUUUUUUGAAAUUUCCUUGUGAAUAAAAUUCUGGCGACUAUAGUCAACAAUGUAAUAACUGCUCUUUCAGCAGGGCAAGGGAAAAAUACUAAAGGUUUAUUUCUUGGUUCUCAACUGCUUCCAGCUUUUCUUCCCAGUUUUUUGCUGUUUUACUAAGUUACUUGGGAAAGUUAGUUGAAAAUCUGAAUGAUUUAUAUAGCAUGGUACUAGAAGUUCCACUGUUCCAAACUGUGUGUACUGUGCCUGCGAUAAUCUGGCGCAACAUCUGUAACAUUCAUUUGGUGCUUAUGCAAUGUGAAGAGUUCUAUUCUA